AUGGUUCAGUUAUUCAGCAGUUCACAGAAGACCACGAAAAUUUUUGCUGCUCUUUCAGCAGUAAUAAUGGUAUCUUUGUUUUUAAGUUUUUGCAGUACAGAAUUUAUGCCAAAUGGAUUAGAUUAUGCAGACAAUGAACCUGUAAUUUUAAGAAAAAGAUGGCCGGCUUGGUUGAUUGGUGCUGGAACAUUUUUAUUUGCUGCCGUUGCAAAAGGAGCGGAGAUUGGUGUUAAUCUAUUCUGCAGUCCGGAGUUGCUCGAAGCAGUUGUUAUGACUGGAAACUUUGAAGGAGUUAUUCCAUGUGUUGCUUGUGCUUCUCUUUAUGUGUUGGGUGGUGCUAUAUCUGCAGCCUUUGCUACAGAAGGAGCCGCAAAUGGUUGGGAGUGGUUUCAAGGUAAUGGUGUGACUGGAAAGAGAGAUUUGGAAGAUUAUAAAGGAUACUACAUGAACUCUUUUACAAAUUCUUUGCAUUAUUCUUCAACGGAUUUGGAAGUGGAAUUUAAUGCCAAUUAUUCGUCGUUAUUGGAAGCAAUUCCCCACCAAUUAUUAUUCGUGGGAGUUAGUACUCCAAACGGCACAGAAUUAUUUGAUGGAUUGUCCAAUAGCAUUAAGAAAAGGGAUUUAAACGAGUUUGAUCAUUCUAAAUUUCCUUUGAUUCAUGUUACGUUUGCGGUAGACAACAGGACAACAACAAUACUUUCCACUUACGGUAACAUAGAGCAGGGUUUAACUGACUUAACUUGGAAUACACCUCCGGAUUCGUUAGAAAAGAGGUCCAGCAACGAAGUUACUUAUGUUUCAUUUAAUUCAUACGGUCUAAACAUGGACUUGGCAAGAAAUUUUGAAGCGAGCGAUCACACUGUGGCUCAUACUGUAGCUGAGAGCUUAAGUGAUCUGUCCUGGGUCAAUUAUUAUGAUGGUAUUGCUAGCAAAUACUGUAUGGCCCUCGGAACCAACGACAAAGCUGGCGUAGACAGCAUUAUUGUGGGAGAAGUAUACGUGCAAGCUUAUGGAGGAAUUGAUAAUGAAUGCGAUAGUUUCUGA